AUUUAGAAAGCUUGACCUGGUGGCCGUUCACAAUUACCUUUAUUUUUUCAUUGUUGGUACUCCUUUCUUCUCGUUUCCCAUGCCGACCGAUGACCUCAAGAGCUGCCGACCAUCCUCGAUCGCAUUGACCCAGCCGCACCUCGGCCGCGAGGCCAGUAACGAAGCAGGUGAGGCGCCAAGACGCCGGCGAGCCUGACAAGGCGUGGAGAGAGAUGACAUCCGUGCGUCAGUGGUGGCGCCGCGCCGUCGCGGCCCUCAAGGACAGGAGGAGCAUGCUCCUGGCUCGCGUGCGGCCGCGCAGGGUCGGGGCUUGGCACCACCGGGAGCUGGAGGUGGCAGUGAUCCGCGCGACGAGCCACGAGGACCGGUGGAUGGACUACCGGAGCGCCGCGCGGGUGUUCGCGUGGGCGCGCACAUCGCCAUCGUUCCUGCGAUCCGUCAUGUGGGUGCUGGCGCGCCGCGCGCGGCGGACGCGGUGCUGGGUCGUGGCGCUCAAGACCCUCAUGAUCGCGCAUGGCCUGUCCCUACGCUCGGGCCUCGCUCCGCCCGAGGCGCGCGCCGGGCGCGUUCCCUUCGAGCUCGCCGACUUCCAGGACCGCUCUUCGUCGUCAGCCAAGUCCGUGGCCUUCUCCGCCUUCGUGCGCGCCUAUUUCCGCUUCCUCAACUACCGCUCCCACUUCUCCGCACAGGAAGACAUCGACGGCGACGGCGCCGAUUGCUCCGACUACCAAACGACCCGGCUCGACCGGAUAGCCAAGCAGCAAUUCCUGCUUGAGCUGCUCCUGCAGAUCCGCCCGUACGGCGACGGCAUGGAGGUGCCGCUCGUCCUGGAGGCCAUGGACUGCGCCCUCAUCGAGAUCUUCCAGGUGUACGGCGAAAUAUGCACCGGCAUCGCACGGUUCCUCGUCAGCGGCGUUCCCGGGCCGGCGAAGCCGCGGGUGGGCAAAGCGGCCACGGCGGCGGGGGUAAAAGUGCUCUGGCGGUCGGCGGAGCAGAGCGCGCAGCUCGCGUCGUACUUCGAGCUGUGCCGCGGGCUCGGCGUGGUCAACGCCCGCAAACUCCCGGCGGCGUUCGUGCGCGUGGCGGACGAGGACGUCCGGCACCUCGAGCGGAUCCUCAUGGGCGACGCGCAAGACGACGCCGAUGACGAGGCGGAGGGAGAAGGAACGGCGUCGGUUGACGCGAAGGAUGCGGGGUCGGCGUCGACGACCACUGUGGUGACGAUGGAGUGGGUGGCGUUCGACGAGGAGAAAUCAAGCGGCGGCGCAGUCAAUGGAACCCAUUCAUCGCCGCGCGUUUGGACGUCCGGGAAGGCGGGAACUUGAUCGAGCUGUUCUGAUCGGGUGCAGUGGCGUUGCCUUCUUGCUGUUCUUGUGCUCCCGCCGGAUUAAGGUUAGAAGCGAUUGUUAAUUUGUCAUUACACGAAUUGUACUCUUGUAAAUAGAAACGUGACUCGUUUUUAUGUU